ACUGAAUACUCGAGUACUAUGCUUGGAAUUUGAUCAAGUGAUUUAAGUAAAUUCAUUGCGUGUUAGGAUUGGAACCCUUCUACUUACAAGUUCUCGUAUAAGGUCUCUUCUACAGAAUUUCCCUACACUUCUCCUCGUCCUUCAUCCGUCACAUACUCAAAAUGUCGUCAGCUCCGCCCCAAACUCCAAUUGUAGAUAUUCAUACACACAUCUACCCACCAUCCUACCUAUCCCUCCUCAAGUCACGGGAUGAAAUCCCUUAUAUCAGACAAUUUCCACCGGCGAAAGAGCAUCGAUUGGUUAUUUUACCAGCGGAGGAUACACCUAGCACGAGUAGAGGAAGGCCAAUUGGAGCUGAGUAGUAUGUUUAUAUUUUCUUACUUUAUGUUUUUAGGAAUGUCUCAGUAGAGUCGGUGAAAGCGCGGGUGGAGGAGGAGGAGGAGGAGAAUGAGGAGAGGCGUAAUAAUGAGGAACAAUGAAUUAGAAAUGAAUAGGUUGUACUAGAGGAGGAACUGUCAUGAUUGAGGAUCUAGUGAUCAUUCUCUUAAAUGGCAGAUUCGGCUAUAAAGUUUCAAGGCUCAUGAAAGUUCGAAGUGUUGAACUUCCUCUUACACGAACUAUCGGUUCCUCUUGUUUUCGAGGGAGUUAGGACGAUAGAAACUUUCCAAAAAGUCCACUUGUCUCCCCCCACCGGGCUUAUUCCCACCCUCUAUAUAACGUCUAUCACGAGCCACUAUAAGUCUAAACAUCCAAACUGAUCCUAAAUUUUCCAGCUACGACAUAACUGAAAAAAUUGCUUUCAUGAACACCCACUCCAUCACCACCUCCAUAAUUUCCCUUGCAAACCCCUGGCUCGACUGGCUUCCCACUUCUACAGCUCUCCAAACAGCUCUCGAAAUCAAUACUGAAAUAAACGACCUUUGCGCCCUCUACCCAGCCCGCCUCUAUUUCUUCGGUACCCUCCCCUUAUCCGCCCCUCCAGAAUCCAUCCUCGAAUCCAUCACGCACUUAAAAACCCUCCCUCAUUGUCGGGGUAUAAUUCUCGGAACUACCGGUCUCGGUUCCGGUCUCGACGAUCCUUCCCUCCUCCCUAUUUUCCAUGCAUUAGCCAACGCUAAGCUCCCCAUAUUCCUCCAUCCCCACUACGGUCUCCCAACUUCUGUUUUCGGUCCCCGAGGAAAUGACUACGGACACGUUUUACCCCUUGCCCUUGGCUUUCCCAUGGAAACAACCAUUGCCGUAACACGCAUGAUUCUCUCUUCCGUAUUUUCCCUCGUGCCCACAUUACAAGUCCUACUCGCGCACAGCGGAGGAACCCUUCCCUUUUUAGCUGGACGAAUCGAGAGUUGUAUACUCCACGAUGCACAUCUCAAAUCCGAAGGAAAACUCCAAGAUAUAAAUGGAGGAAAACGAAAAACUAUCUGGGAAAUUUUAAAAACAAAUAUAUGGUUAGACGCAGUAGUUUACGGGGAUGUGGGAGUUAAGGGUGCGGUGGGUGCUAGUGGAGUCGACAGAGUUAUGUUCGGAACUGAUGCUCCAUUUUUCCCGCCGUUAGAUGAGGAGGAGGAGGAGAAGGGCGAGGAAGGUAAGAAAUGGCUUAGUGUUUCGAUGAAUAUGGAUGCUAUUAGAAGUGCUUGUGGUGCGGGUAGUGAGGAGGAAAAGGCUAUUUUGGGGGGGAAUGCUAUUCGACUUUUUGGGUUGGAUUUACCUGCUUCUGCUUCUACUUCGGUAUAGUCUGGUACUUCACUAUGACUGGCAGUAUGAGCAUGAGCGUGAUGUAUUUCAUUCCAAGAUUCAAAUAUUGAAGACAAAAAAUCGCAUACAAAAGCAGCCGUGGAAGAACUUUGGAAGAGGGCAAUUCGGUAAAACUAAAACAAAAAAGAAGAGGAAAUUUAUUUAUUUAUUUAAAUAUAUAUGCAUAUACACACACAUAUAUACAUACACAUAUAAAUAUAUAAUUUUUUCAAAAAUUAAAAUAAA